AUGGCUGCUUUAUCGUUCAUGCUGGCGGCACGGCAUGCUGCUAUGACCGCCGGCACUCAAAAUGAGCCUCUCUUAGCUGGUCAUGACCCCGAUGGUGGUCAUCGAGUAGUGCCAGACCCCGAUGCGCAAGCCAGGGAAAUGCAGCGGAUAUCGAGUGCGGCGGCGAAGAAGACGUUACUCAUAUCGGCCAUCAUAAUAGCAGCGCUCUUUUUAGCGAAGUGGACUAUACAGUUCGAGAUUCAUGGGCCUAUGCCGGACAUUCUGCAGCAUCAGGGUUACCUCCGCCGAUACGCCACCGCCCUGUCCUCUUCUACUUUAUCAUCUCCUAUAAGCGUUAGUGAGGAGGGUAUAGCUGGCCAGAAAAAGAAGAAAGAGAUCAUACUCAUUGGUGGAUCUUUGGGGAAGAGGACUAUGAUAAAGAAGCAUCUACAAAAUCAUUUCCCCGAUGUGCAAGAAGUCUGGGUCUCGCCACAUGAUAUCUAUAGAAACGCCAGAGUCGUGACAAGCCCUCAGGGACGAGUCGAUGGGGGGCCGCCCGGUAGGACCUAUGCGGUGCCCAGCAAUCAGGUCUCGGCAAACGGUGUAGUCGAUUAUAGUGGAGUAUUAGACUCUCUUGAAAAGGACCUAAUAACACGGUGCGUCGCAGAGGAGGAAGUUCGGGACGCAUUUGAUGAUAAUAUGUAUCGAGUGAAUGCCGAGAGGCUGACCAACGAGAAAAUGGUCGUCCAGGAGUAUCUAGGAGCUUUGGAGGAAGAACCUAUGCGAAGUAGUCUGAGGAGGAAGAGGGCUAAACCUGGCGAUAACUGUGACGAUCUGGAUUCAUCGUCCUCGGGUGUUGCUGAGGCCGCCGGGAGAAGUUGUCGAUCUUGUUACGAGUUCAUUGUCAACACAGUCUCGACAGAUGGUCAUCACCUGGUCUCUGACAUCUGGCGUGGCACGCCCAAAGCGAAACCUGGCUCAACUGAGUGCCUCUAUGACAUACAGGAAUCAGUAUCGUGGUCGGAGUGUCCGCGCCAAGUACUGAACUACGUCUUCCAGGUGUUAGAUGCUACGGGUGUCCGUAACGGUGCCGCUCAUACAGAGCUCAUGCUACGCGGCGAAGACGUGUGCCUGAUCGAAGUGAAUGCCCGAAUCGCUGGGGAAGUUCGCGGAGGUCCUUCAAUGAUAUCUGUCCGCUACUUGUACAGUAUAACACAGCGUUCACAAUUCUGCCGCUUUGGUCGAGCCCUUUCGCCGCUGAACCAAGCCGCACCAUUCCACGACGAGGAGCGUUUCAUGAAGAUCGCGGAAGGAAUACCGCGAGUUCGUAACCUUAAGAAAACAUGCGAUUUAAUCUCAUCACCAGGUGUGGUUAUUAUGAGGGCUGAGAAGACUCGCGAGGGGCGGCACAAGAUCAGCAAGUUGACUGCACGAAUCAGAAAAUCUGAGAAAGAUGGAACACUGUAUUUCAAGAGGGAGGAGAGUAAAAUAUGGCGGAACUUGGACGAGGUCAGACGGAAAGCCAAGAAGCUCGAGGAAGGCCGCGAGUUGGCUGAGCAGAAAAAGCAAAGCCUCAUCCAGCUUGAACGGGUGCGGAAGCGGCGAGAGGCAGAGAACUCUAGGCGGGCUCUUGAGAUCAAGACGAGCCUAGAUACCAUCAAAGAGCAGCAUCUCAAGAACAAGGCAUGCACCUUGGCGGCUAAGAGGGAGGCCACACGGGAGGCUAGGAAGGAGAGGGCGGAAAUCAUACGAAUGAAGCACAUGGAGCAGGCUAGGGAAGUAGCUGCCAAGUCUGAGAGAGCUGUGGCGAUCCACCGAGCGUCGCUUGAGGCUAAGUUGCAGGCGAAAGCGGAGAAAGAGAAAAAACAGCGGAUGGUGCGAGAGGAAGCUCAGCGGAAACGAGCCGCUGUCCUGGCUCGGGCUCAAGCUGAUAAGGCUGAGCUGGCUGCCUUGGAGGAGGAGGAGAUGCGGUGUUUGCAGCGACUUCAGCACUCUAGGAUGCUAUCGCAAGCCUCGCUACAGGGCUUGGAGGGUCCACAGGGUCAGAGCAGCUCGUUGCGUACGAUGAUGGGCUCACGAGGGGCAGCGACCCUGCUGGAGGGAGAGGGCCUGCCUUGGUCACCUAGCAAGAGUGAGGAGGGCUCUUAUAUUACAGUGGUCUGUGAGGUUGGCAAUGUGCAGAACAUGUCCCAGCCGUCGGUGGUCACGCCGUUCACACAGGAGAAACAACGGAAGAUCCUCAAGCUGGUGAACGAGACAGCACCAUUGAGGCUUUUUCGUGGUCGUGUUAUUCCACAACUGAGUACCUUCCGAUUUCGAGGAGGAGGUCGGCUCAUGACGGGCCAAAUCGGCGUCUUCCAUCGAGGAGGAGGCCAUCGUCAACGACUCCGUCUUAUCGACUACAAGCGCGGCCGGAAGGAUAUCUACGCCACCGUCUUGCGAAUUGAAUACUGCCCGGGACGGACCUCAUUCUUAGCUUUGAUACAGUACACUGAUGGAGUUCUCUCGUAUAUAGUAGCACCGGAGACACUGCGCCCGGGAGACCGAGUCGUGGCCAGCGAGAAAGCGCCGAUCACUCCGGGGAAUAGUCUGCCACUGAGGAACAUACCCGCUGGUACCAUCAUUCACAACCUGGAACCCCGGCCAGGUGCGGGCGGACAGAUCAAUAGGUCUGCUGGUUGCUUUGCGGCUAUCAUGUCGAAGGAUUCCCAGUGGGCUACGAUUAAGCUUAACUCCACUGAGAUUAAGAGGUUCCCUCUGGACUGUUGGGCGGUGGUCGGACAAGUUGGCAACGCGAAUUUCUGGGCGCGCGCUAAAGGCCACUGUCGAGUGAAGCGGUGGCUUGGAUGGAGACCUUCCGUCCAUGGUGUUGCUAAAAACCCUGUGGAGCAUCCCCAUGGUGGUGGCACCUCUCACAAGGGGCCCAAGCGAAACCCUGUGUCCCCCUGGGGCGGCCUGGUCCUUCAAAAAACGAGGUCGCGUCACAAGCCGAGGACGAACGUCAUCUCUCCUCCUUCUGGUGCCACCACUCGGGGAGUGUGA